AUGGCUGAGGGCGGAGAAGGGGAAGAUGAGAUCCAGUUCUUGAGAACUGAUGACGAGGUGGUGCUCCAGAGUGUGGCCACCAUCCAGAAGGAGAAUCGCAAGUUCUGCCUGUCCGCUGAGGGACUCGGAAACCGUGUGUGUUACCUGGAACCCACAUCCGAAGCUAAGUAUGUUCCUCCAGACCUGUGUAUUUGUAACUUUGUCUUGGAGCAGUCCCUAUCAGUGCGGGCCCUGCAGGAGAUGUUGGCUAACACUGGGCCAAACAGCGAAGGGAGUGCUGACCAUGAGCGAUGGAGGUUGAUUAAAAGGGCGGCUCAGGGGGGCGGACACCGGACCCUGCUCUACGGUCAUGCCAUCCUCCUGCGUCACUCCUUCAGUGGUAUGUACCUGACCUGCUUGAAGACGUCAAGGUCUCUGACGGACAAGCUGUCUUUCGAUGUCGGACUUCAAGAAGAUUCAAUAGGAGAGGCCUGCUGGUGGACCAUUCACCCAGCAUCUAAGCAGAGGUCUGAGGGAGAGAAAGUACGCAUUGGAGACGACCUUAUCCUAGUCAGCGUGUCCACAGAGAGAUACCUGCACCUCUCCAUCUCCAAUGGCAACGUUCAGGUUGAUGCCUCCUUCAUGCAGACCCUGUGGAACGUCCAACCUACCUGCUCUUCCAGCAACAUGGCUGUAGGGUUUCUGGUUGGUGGGCAUGUGAUGCGUCUUUGCCAUGGCCAUGAUGAGAGCCUGACCAUCCCUGGGGCAGACAAGAAUGAGGAGGAGCAAAGGAUAGUCAACUAUGAGGCGGGUAAGGGAGCGUCAAGGGCCCGCUCACUUUGGAGACUGGAGCCUCUCAGGAUCAGCUGGAGCGGAAGCCACAUUCGUUGGGGCCAGGCCUUCCGUCUACGCCACCUCUCCACCGGCCAUUACCUGGCCCUGACUGAGGACCAUGGACUGGUCCUGCAGGAUAGAGAGAAGUCUGACACCAAGUCCACCGCCUUCUGCUUCAGGCCAUCUAAGGAGAAAGGUGACUCAGGCGCAAAGCGUGAUAUUGAUGGCAUGGGAGUGCCAGAGAUCAAGUACGGAGACUCUGUUUGCUUCAUCAUGCAUGUGGCCACGGGGCUGUGGCUGUCCUACCAGGCGCCUGACGCAAAAUCAUCUCGCCUAGGACCCCUGAAAAGAAGGGCCUGCCUGCAUUCUGAGGGCCACAUGGAUGAUGGACUGACACUGCAGCGCUGUCAACAUGAAGAGUCUCGGGCUGCACGCAUCAUCCGCAACACCACACUCCUCUUCAGCAACUUCAUAAAGGCUUUGGACAGUACUACAGAGGGUGAGAGCUCAGCGGUGGCUGGAUAUGUGGAGGAGGUGCUGCAGACGCUGGAUGACCUGAUUGAGUACUUCAAGCAGCCCGACUCGGAGCUAGAGCACGAGGAGAAGCAGAGUCUCCUCCGCUCACUCAUUAAACGACAAGACCUCUUCAAAGAGGAGGGCAUGUUGACCCUCGUGUCCAAGUGCAUCGACCGGAUGAACCUGUACGACAGCGCUGCACACUUUGGAGAGAUGGCUGGGGAGGAGGCUGGUGCGGCAUGGAAGGACAUUCUCAAUCUCCUCUAUGAGCUCUUGGCUUCUCUGAUCCGUGGGAACAGGAACAACUGCACCCAAUUCUCCCGUAACUUGGACUGGUUGGUUAGCAAGCUGGAGAGACUGGAAUCCUCCUCAGGAAUUCUGGAAGUCCUGCACUGCAUCUUGAUUGAAAGCCCAGAGGCUUUGAACAUCAUCCAGAGAGGGCACAUCAAGUCCAUCAUCUCCCUGCUCUAUAAGCACGGACGUAACCAUAAGAUUCUAGAUGUCCUGUGUUCACUCUGUGUUUGUAAUGGGGUGGCAGUAAGAUCAAAUCAGAAUCUGAUUUGUGACAACCUGCUUCCGAAGAGGGAUCUGCUCCUUCAAACCCGAUUGGUCAAUGAUGUUCAAAGUAUGAGGCCCAACAUCUUCCUGGGUGUGGCCGAGGGUUCGGCUCAGUAUAAGAAGUGGUACUUUGAGCUGAUGAUUGACCAGGUGGACCACUUUGUAACGGGUGAGCCAACCCACCUGAGGGUAGGCUGGGCCAACACCAAAGGCUACGCUCCCUACCCUGGAGGAGGAGAGGGAUGGGGAGGCAAUGGUGUGGGGGAUGAUCUGUAUUCCUACAGCUUCGAUGGACUCCACCUUUGGUCAGGCCGAGUCCCCCGGGCGGUGGCCUCCAUUAACCAGCACCUGCUGAACUCAGAUGAUGUGGUCAGCUGUUGUCUGGAUCUGGGCGCCCCCAGCAUGUCCUUCAGGAUCAAUGGCCAACCUGUUCAGGGCAUGUUUGAGGACUUCAACACCGAUGGAUUCUUCUUCCCUGUUGUCAGCUUCUCGGCAGGUGUCAAGGUCCGUUUUCUGUUGGGCGGUCGCCAUGGAGAUUUCAAGUUCCUGCCACCGGCGGGUUACUCUCCUUGCUACGAGGCGCUGCUGCCCAAGGAGAAGAUGCGUGUAGAGGCAGUGAAGGAGUAUAAGAGGGACCAUGAGGGGAUCCGCGACCUGCUGGGCACCACCCAGUUCCUCUCUCAGGCCUCCUUCAUCCCCACUCCUGUUGACACCAGCCAGAUUGUUCUUCCCCCUCACCUGGACAACGUCCGGGACAAGCUGGCAGAAAACAUCCAUGAACUGUGGGGGAUGAACAAGAUUGAACUGGGCUGGACCUACGGCAAGGUUCGUGAUGACAACAAAAGGCAGCACCCUUGCCUUGUGGAUUUCACCAAGUUGCCCGAAACAGAAAGGAAUUACAACCUGCAGAUGUCCAGUGAAACACUUAAAACCCUGUUGGCCCUUGGAUGCCAUGUUGCCCAGGUCAACGUUCACGCUGAGGAUGAUCUGAAGAAAAUCAAACUUCCCAAAGACUACAUGAUGUCUAAUGGUUAUAAGCCUACGCCACUGGAUCUUUCUGACGUGAAACUUACUCCAGGUCAGGAGGUUCUGGUUGAUAAACUGGCCGAGAAUGCCCACAAUGUGUGGGCCAAGGACAGGAUUAAACAAGGAUGGACCUAUGGCAUCCAGCAGGAUUUGAAGAGCAGGCGUAAUCCUCGCCUGGUGCCAUAUGCUUUACUUGAUGAGCGCACGAAGAAGUCUAAUAGAGACAGUCUGAGAGAGGCCAUCAGGACCCUGGUUGGAUAUGGAUAUGACAUUGACCCCCCAGACCAAGAGGCUGUCCAUGUGGUGGAUGAUCAAAGUCUUGAGACCAUACGCUUCUUCCGUGUGGAGCAGACAUAUGCGGUGAAGACAGGGAAGUGGUACUUUGAGUUUGAAGCCCUGACUGGAGGGGAUAUGAGGGUCGGCUGGGCCAGGCCGGGCUGCAGACCCGAUGUGGAACUGGGAGAGGAUGACCAGGCCUAUGUCUUUGAUGGCUACAAGGGUCGACGGAUGCAUGCGGGCAGCCGUUAUUUUGGGCGGUCGUGGCACAAGGGUGACGUGGUUGGUUGCAUGAUUAACAUGGAGGACAAGUCCAUGAUCUUCACCCUGAACGGGGAGCUCCUAAUCACCAACAAGGGCUCAGAACUUUGCUUUGCCGACUUUGAGACCGAGGACGGCUUCAUCCCUGUGUGUAGUCUGGGCAUGUCCCAGAUAGGACGUAUGAACCUGGGCAAGGACGCCAGUACUUUUAAGUACUACACCAUGUGUGGCCUCCAGGAAGGUUUUGAGCCCUUCGCUGUCAACAUGAAACGAGAUGUCACCAUGUGGUUCAGCAAGCGCCUGCCUACCUUUGUGAACAUACCUACAGACCAUGCACAUAUUGAGGUAACAAGGAUUGACGGGACAAUAGACAGCCCCCCCUGUCUCAAGGUCUCCCAUAAGACGUUUGGUACCCAAAACAGCAACAACGACUUGGUGUACUGUAGGCUGAGCAUGCCUGUGGAGUUUUACUCCACUGACAUGUUACUGGAAGAAUCGCACAAGCUCAGCCACCCUCCAAAAGAAGAUGGAAGUAUUGACUAUGGGAGCAUCACAACUUACUACCACUCGGUGAGAGUGUUCGCUGGACAGGAUCCUGCCACAGUGUGGGUGGGCUGGGUCACACCUGACUAUCAUUACUAUAGCAAGAACUUCAGCCUCAACAAGACGCGAACAGUCACUGUUACUCUUGGAGACGAGCGGGGCCGGGUCCAUGAGAGUGUCCAGAGAAGUAACUGCUACAUGGUGUGUGGUGCGGAUGCAGUUGGUUCGUCCGCCUCCAGUCGCUCCAACUCUGACCUGGAGAUCGGCUGUCUGAUCGACCUUGGCUCUGGCCUGGUCUCCUUCACUGCCAAUGGCAAAGAGCUGCCCACCACAUACCAGGUUGAGCCCAAUACCAAACUGUUCCCAGCCGUGUUUGUACGUCCCACAAGUGCAAACCUCUUCCAGUUUGAGUUUGUCAAGAUCAAGGAUGCCAUGCCACUCUCUUCAGCCAUCUUUAAGAGUGAGCACAGAAACCCGGUGCCACAGUGCCCGCCAAGGCUGGAUGUCCAGACAAUAGUGGCGGUGUUGUGGAGCCGGAUGCCCAACACCUUCCUCACUGUGGAGACGGCCCGGGUCAGUGAAAGACACGGCUGGGUGGUGCAGUGUCUGGAGCCGCUGCAGAUGAUGGCCGUACAUAUACCAGAGGAGAACAGGUGCAUGGACAUCCUGGAGUUGUCUGAGACUGAAGACUUGAGGAAGUUCCACUACCACACGCUGAAGCUCUACUGCGCCCUCUGUGCCCUGGGAAACACCCGAGUGGCCCAUGCCCUCUGCAGCCACUUGGACCAAUCACAGCUCCUCUACACCAUCGACAACCAGUACCUCUCUGGAAUGCUCAGAGAGGGAUUCUAUAACGUCUUGAUCAGCAUUCACCUGGAGACAGCAAAGGAGGCUCAACUCAUGAUGAACAAUGAGUUCAUCAUCCCUGUGACAGACGAGACGCGCUCCAUCAAGCUUUUCCCAGAUGAGUCAAAGAGGCACACGCUGCCCGGUGUGGGGCUGAGUACCUCCCUCAAACCGCGGGUCAACUUUUCCCCUGUUGGCAUUAUUGGCACCAAGCGCCAGCAGCACCUCUACAGCCCUGAGAUUCCCCUGGGCAUCCUGAAGGAGAAGGCCAUCAGCAUGCUCUCUGAGGCUGUGCAGGGCGGUGGUACCCACAUUCGAGACCCGGUAGGGGGCAAUGUGGAGUUCCAGUUUGUCCCCAUCCUCAAGUUGAUUGGGACCCUUUUGAUCAUGGGAGUCCUAAGUAGCGAUGAGGUGAGGCUGAUCCUCCUGCUGAUCGACCCCAACGUGUUUGGGGAGGCUCAGGAGGCAGAGGAGGGGAAGGGCGAGGAGGUGGCUGUGGUGGGGGAGAAGGAAGAGGUGAGCAGCAAUGAAGGGAAGGCUGUGGAGGCUGGGGAGGAGGAGACGAAGGAGAGUAAACCACCUAUUAAGGGUCUGCUUGAGAAGUCGCUGCCUGAGUCCGUCAAACGCCAGAUGUGUGAGCUUCUGCACUACUUCUGUGACUGUGAGCUGAAGCACCGCAUCGAGGCCAUCGUGUCGUUCUCUGACAGUUUUGUGGCCAAGCUGCAGUAUAACCAGAAGUUCCGUUACAAUGAGCUGAUGCAGGCCCUCAACAUGUCUGCUGCUGUCACUGCCAAGAAGACCAAAGAGUUUCGUUCACCUCCACAGGAACAGAUCAACAUCCUCUUGACUUUCAGUGCAGGGGAGGACUGUCCCUGUCCUGAGGAGAUCCAAGAUGAGCUCAAUGGUUUCCAUGAAGAGCUGCGACUGCACUGUGGAAUUCCAGUCGAGGAGGAGGAGGAGGAGCAGGAUACCUCGAUUAAAGGUCGUCUCCUUGCUCUGCUCUACAAGAUCAAGGGUCCACGUCAGAAGGCAGUGGAAGAACCCACUGAACAGGAACAGGCUGCUCCCACCAACCUUAAGGAGCUGAUCUCCCAGACCAUAACCAGCUGGGCUCAGGAGUCUCACAUCCAGGACCCAGAGUUGGUCCGGGUGAUGUUCAGCCUGCUGAGGAGGCAAUACGAUGGCAUUGGGGAGCUACUCCGGGCCAUGACCAAGACUUACACCAUCAGCGCUGCCUCAGUGCAGGAUGCUAUUAACCUGCUAGCAUCCCUGGGCCAGAUCAGGUCUCUGCUGUCUGUACGCAUGGGCAAGGAGGAGGAGAAACUCAUGAUUGAUGGACUGGGUGAUAUCAUGAACAACAAAGUUUUCUACCAGCACCCCAACCUGAUGAGAGUGCUGGGCAUGCACGAGACUGUCAUGGAGGUCAUGGUCAAUGUGUUGGGAGGAGACAAAUCGCAGGAGAUUGCUUUCCCCAAGAUGGUGGCCAGCUGUUGUCGUUUCUUGUGCUACUUCUGUCGUAUCAGCCGUCAGAAUCAGAAGGCCAUGUUCGACCACCUGAGCUACCUGCUGGAGAACAGCAGUGUUGGUCUUGCCUCUGAAGCUAUGCGGGGCUCCACCCCACUGGAUGUUGCAGCGUCUUCAGUUAUGGACAACAAUGGGCUCGCUCUGGCUCUCGAGGAGCCCGAUCUGGAGAAGGUGGUGACAUAUCUGGCAGGCUGUGGUCUACAAAGUUGUGCCAUGCUGGUUGCUAAGGGUUACCCAGACCUGGGCUGGAAUCCCAUAGAGGGAGAGCGCUACCUGUCCUUCCUGAGAUUUGCUGUCUUCUGCAAUGGUGAGAGCGUUGAGGAGAACGCCAAUGUGGUGGUGAAGCUGCUGAUCAGACGUCCAGAGUGUUUCGGCCCCGCCCUGAGGGGAGAAGGAGGCCAAGGUCUGCUGGCUGCUAUGAAGGAGGCCAUCAAGAUCUCUAAUGAUCCUGCCCUGGACCUUCCCAGCAGCCCUGCCGGAGUCACUACUGGGUCUGGUGAAGAAGAAGGGGAGGUGAUCCACAUGGGCAAUGCCAUUAUGUCCUUCUACUCUGCCCUCAUUGACCUGUUGGGACGCUGUGCUCCAGAGAUGCAUCUCAUCAACAAGGGUAAAGGUGAGGCGCUGCGUAUCAGAGCCAUCCUGCGCUCGCUGGUCCCAACCUCAGACCUGGUGGGUGUCAUCAGCAUCCCGCUCAAGAUGCCUGUGGUCAAUAAAGAUGGCUCGGUGACUGAACCAGACAUGUCAGCCAGUUUCUGUCCAGACCACAAAGCCCCCAUGGUGCUCUUCCUGGAUCGAGUGUACGGCGUUGAGGACCAGAGCUUCCUGCUUCAUCUCUUGGAGGUCGGCUUCUUGCCUGACCUUCGGGCCUCAGCAUCUCUCGACACGGAGGUUUUGAGUACCACAGAGACAGCCUUGGCCAUGAACAGGUACAUCGGCUCAGCCCUGCUGCCUCUGCUGACCCGGUGUGCCACUCUCUUUGCCAGCACAGAGCACUACGCAGGGCUGAUCGAUUCCACCCUGCAAACCAUCUACCGGCUGUCCAAAGGCCGCUCUCUCACCAAGGCUCAGAGAGACGCCAUCGAGGAGUGCCUGCUGGCUAUCUGCAAGCAUCUGCGUCCCUCCAUGAUGCAGCAGCUGCUCAGACGGCUGGUGUUUGAUGUCCCCAUGCUCGCCGAGUACUGCAAGAUGCCCAUACGGCUGCUGACCAACCAUUAUGAACAGAGCUGGAAGUACUACUGCAUGCCAUCUGGCCUGGGCAGCUUCGGUAUGGCCUCCGAGGAGGAGCUCCUUCUAACCAAGAAACUCUUCUGGGGAAUCUUUGACUCUCUUUCUCAGAAGAAGUAUGAUGCUGAACUUUUCAAAAUGGCCAUGUCAUGCCUCUGUGCCAUUGCGGGGGCUUUGCCUCCUGACUUUGUGGAUGCCAGUCCAGGUGCCACAUUGGAGAAGCAGGCUUCAGUGGAUGCACAGGGCAACUUUGACCCCAAACCCAUCAACACUGCCAACAUCUCCCUUCCUGAAAAACUUGAGUACAUUGCUAACAAAUAUGCAGAGCAUUCCCAUGACAAGUGGUCCUCAGAGAAGGUAUCAGCAGGUUGGAAACUGGGAGAUAGUGUGGAUGAGCAGGCCAAAACCCAUCCACUGUUGAAGCCCUACAAAGCUCUGAGCGAGAAGGAGAGAGAAACAUACCGCUGGCCAGUGAAGGAGUCACUAAAGAGCAUGCUGGCUAUGGGGUGGAAUAUUGAGAGGACCAAGGAGGGAGAGGCCAUGUUCCAACAGCGAGAAAGUGAAAAACAGCGCAAGAUCUCGGAGUCUCAGGCUAAUGGAUUCAGUCCUGCUCCAAUGGACUUGCACAAUGUCACUUUGUCUAGAGAGUUACAGGGCAUGGUUGAGGUGGUUGCAGAAAAUUACCACAACAUCUGGGCCAAGAAGAAGAAAACUGAACUGAAUAGCAAGGGAGGAGGGACCCACCCACUGCUGGUUCCCUAUGACACCCUGACAGCCAAAGAGAAGUACAGAGACAGAGAGAAGGCCCAGGAGCUCUUCAGGUUCCUGCAGAUCAGUGGAUAUGCCAUUUCCAGAGGUCUGAAGGACAUGGAGCAGGACUCCUCGUCCAUGGAGAAGAGGUUUGCCUAUAAGUUCCUCAAGAGAGUGCUGAAGUAUGUUGAUUCUGCCCAGGAGUUCAUUGCACAUCUUGAGGCUAUGGCCACCAGUGGAAAGACAGACAAAUCACCUCAUGACCAGGAAAUCAAGUUCUUUGCCAAGGUCUUGCUUCCUCUGAUAGACCAGACUUUCAAGAAUCACAGUCUCUACUUCAUGUCGACACCCAGCAAGAAUCUGAGCAGCUGCGGCUAUGCUUCCAACAAGGAGAAGGAAAUGGUCACCAGUCUGUUCUGCAAGCUGGCUGCUCUUGUCAGACACAGGAUUUCUCUCUUUGGAAGUGACUCGGCAAUGAUGGUGAGCUGUCUGCACAUCCUUGCCCACUCACUUGACACCAGAACAGUGAUGAAGUCUGGAUCAGAGCUGGUGAAGGUCGCACUGCGGUCCUUCUUUGAGAAUGCAGCGGAGGACCUAGAGAAGCUGCUGGAGAUGCUAAAACUGGGGAAGUUCAUGCAGUCCCGUGCCCAGAUGAAGAGUGUCACCCAGAGCAUCAAUUAUGUCACUGGAGCACUACUGCCCAUCCUCACCGCCCUCUUUGAGCACAUCAAAACGUAUAACUUUGAAGUGGAUCUGCUGUUGGAUGACGUGCAGCUGUCCUGUUACCGUAUCCUGACCUGUUUCUACUCUUUGGGAACGGGGAAGAACAUGUACAUGGAGAGGCAUCUGCCAUCUCUGGGGGAGUCUCUGGCAACCCUGGUGGGAGCCAUGCCUGUGGCGUUCCUGGAGCCCCACCUUAACGCUCACAACCCCCUCUCUGUCUUCAAUACCAAGACCCCCCGUGAGAGAGCCAUCCUGAGUAUGCCAGAUUCAGUGGAGGAAAUGUGUCCGGAGAUGCCUCGUCUUGAUCGACUGCUGAAGGACAUCAACGAUGUCUCAGAAUCUGGUGCACGCUACACCGAGAUGCCGCAGGUCAUUGAGGUGAUCCUACCCAUGUUGUGUAACUAUCUGUCCUACUGGUGGGAGAAAGGGCCAGAAAAUUCAGCCCCUGGUGCCCAGUGCUGCACCAUGGUGACGUCUGAUCACCUGAGCAUCAUCCUGGGAAACAUCCUCAAGAUCCUCAACAACAACCUGGGCAUUGAUGAUGCCCCCUGGAUGAAAAGGAUUGCAGUCUACUCGCAGCCAAUAAUCUGCAAGGCUGGAGCCGAUUUGCUGAGGAGCCACUUCCUGCCCACACUAGAGAAACUGAAGAAGAAGACAGUGAAGGUAGCGGCUGAGGAGGAGCUGCUAAAGGCAGACAGCAAAGGUGACAACCAGGAAGCUGAGCUGCUCAUCCUAGAUGAGUUUGCUGUGCUCUGCAGGGAUCUCUACGCCUUCUACCCCAUGCUCAUACGUUACGUGGAUAACAACAGGUCUAGGUGGCUGAAGAGCCCUGAUGGAGAUUCCACUGAGCUCUUCAGGAUGGUGGCUGAGAUCUUCAUCCUCUGGUGUAAAUCACAUAACUUUAAAAGGGAGGAGCAAAACUUCGUGGUUCAGAACGAGAUCAAUAAUCUGGGCUUCCUAACUGGAGAAGGCAAGACCAAGAUGUCCAAGACAGGUGGAGACCAGGAGAGGAAACACAAGCGACGUCGGGGAGAAUACUACUCAAUCCAGACUUCCCUGAUUGUGGCUGCCCUGAAGAAGAUGCUGCCCAUUGGCCUCAACAUGUGCACCCCAGGGGACCAGGAGCUCAUCUCCCUGGCUAAGAUGCGCUACAGUCUGAAAGAUACAGAUGAAGAAGUGAAGGAGCACUUGCAUCAGAAUCUCCAUCUCCAGGACAAGUCUGAUGACCCAGCAGUCCAGUGGCAGAUGAACCUGUACAGAGAUGUGGUAAUAAAGAGCGAACCACCAAACCCAGAUCAGACUGUAGACCGAGUCCAGAGCAUCUCUGCUGCUGUCUUCCACCUGGAGCAAGUGGAGCAGCCUCUGAGGAACAAGAAGUGUGUUUGGCAGAAGCUGCUGUCCAAACAGCGCAAGCGUGCCGUGGUGGCGUGCUUCCGCAUGGCUCCUCUCUACAAUCUACCCAGGCAUCGCUCUAUCAACCUCUUCAUCCCGGGCUAUCAGAGACUAUGGAUAGAGGCAGAGGAGUACUCCUUUGAGGAGAAACUAGUUCAGGACCUGGCAGUAAGUACUGGGCUCGCCUUGCCCUUGCCCCCUGUGCCCUGCGUUGGCACUCCUCUGCCAGUCCUGUCUGCCGAAUGCUUCUUUAGCUCCGUGCCUGUCGAGCCUUGGGAGCGUGCCCGGGUGGGGACCUCGCCCAAAGCACCCAGAGGCCCCCGCUCUAGCCGUGCGAAACCCUUCAAACAGAGAUCCAUCAGGGGUCAGAGGCUGCAUGACCAACUCAGGAGACACAGGGCCCGCUCCGGCGCUCACAGCUCUAGAAAAGCAGGCUAUGCCUUUCUGACGGCAGUGAAAACCCCGAUGAAGAUUGUGGAGGAGGAGCAAGAGGAGGAGGCUGAAAUGCAGCCAGACCCUCUCCACCAGCUCAUCCUCCACUUCAGCCACAAUGCUCUGACAGAGAGAAGUUACUUGGAGGAAGAUCCUUUAUAUAUUGCAUAUGCAGACAUGAUGGCAAAGAGUUGUGCAGAGGAUGAGGAAGAAGAGGAAGAGGAAGGGAAAGAGAAGACAUUUGAGGAAAAAGAAAUGGAAAAGCAAAAGAUCCUUUAUCAGCAGGCGAGGCUUCAUGCCCGUGGGGCAGCUGAGAUGGUGCUGCAGAUGAUCAGUGCCAGUAAAGGACGUCUGGGCCCCAUGGUGACCUGCACCCUCAAACUGGGCAUAUCUAUCCUAAAUGGAGGCAACGUGCAAGUUCAGCAGAAAAUGCUUGAUUAUCUGAAAGAGAAACGAGAUGCAGGAUUUUUCAAGAGUCUCUCAGGACUCAUGCAGUCUUGCAGUGUCCUGGACUUGAAUGCAUUUGAGAGGCAAAACAAAGCAGAGGGACUUGGGAUGGUGACAGAAGAAGGAUCAAUCCACUGUGAGCGGGGUUCUAAGGUGCUACAGAACGAUGAGUUUACUAAGGAUCUCUUCCGGUUUUUGCAACUUCUGUGUGAGGGGCACAACGGAGAUUUCCAAAACUUCCUGAGAACACAAACUGGAAAUACAACCACAGUCAACAUCAUUAUCAGCACUGUGGACUAUCUUCUCCGUCUUCAGGAAUCUAUCAGUGACUUCUAUUGGUACUACUCUGGCAAAGAUAUCAUUGAUGAGACUGGACAAAUCAGCUUCUCUAAAGCUUUAGCUGUGGCCAAGCAGAUAUUCAACUCACUAACUGAGUAUAUUCAGGGCCCAUGUAUUGGGAACCAGCAGAGUCUAGCUCACAGCAGAUUGUGGGAUGCAGUGGUUGGCUUCUUGCAUGUAUUUGCCAACAUGCAGAUGAAGCUCUCUCAGGACUCCAGUCAGAUUGAGCUGUUGAAGGAGCUGAUGGAUUUGCAAAAAGAUAUGGUUGUCAUGAUGCUGUCUUUGCUGGAGGGUAAUGUGGUGAACGGAACAAUUGGAAAGCAGAUGGUUGACACCCUGGUGGAGUCAUCUAAUAAUGUGGAGAUGAUCCUCAAGUUCUUUGAUAUGUUCCUUAAGCUGAAGGACCUGACAACCUCUGACAACUUCAGAGAGUAUGACCCAGAGUGCAAAGGCAUCAUUUCAAAGAAGGAGUUCCAAAAGUCCAUGGAGAGCCAGAAGCAGUACAGCCAGUCGGAGAUUGAAUUCCUGCUUUCCUGUGCAGAGGCUGAUGAGAAUGACAUGUUCAACUAUAAGGAAUUUGUGGAGCGUUUCCAUGAGCCAGCCAAAGACAUUGGCUUUAAUGUGGCUGUGCUGUUGACCAACCUGUCUGAGCACAUGCCAAAUGACUCCCGACUGGCCACCUUCCUGGAUCUAGCAGAGAGUGUGCUUAGCUACUUUGAGCCUUAUCUGGGGCGUAUUGAGAUCAUGGGCAGCGCAAAGCGUAUUGAGAGAGUAUACUUUGAGAUCAGUGAGUCAAGCCGUGAACAGUGGGAGAAGCCGCAGGUCAAGGAGUCCAAGCGCCAGUUCAUCUUUGAUGUGGUCAAUGAGGGUGGUGAGAGUGAGAAGAUGGAGAUGUUUGUUAACUUCUGUGAGGACACUAUAUUUGAGAUGCAGCUGGCCUCGCAGAUCUCUGAGCCAGAUGCGGUAGAACGACCUGAGGAGGAGGAAGAGGAUGAUGCACACAGCAUCCUGGAGGAGCUGGCUGAAGAGAAAGAGGGCACCCUGGAGUCUGCCUCAGCUUUCACCACUGCAUGUCACUCAGUCAAGAAGAAGAUCACUCAUGUCCGCCAUAUGGUUUCCAUCCACAACAUGCGCAAGCAGUUCAAGAAAAUCAAGAAGCUGAGCAUCAAGGAAAUGAUCACAGGCUUCUUCUCUUUCUUUUGGAUGCUCUUCACUGGCUUCUUCAAGGGAAUCUACAGCCUGGUCUUUGGUUUCUUCCACCUCAUCUGGUCCUCCAUGUUUGGUGGUGGUCUGGUCGAGGGAGCCAAGAACAUGAAAGUGACAGACAUCCUGGGCAAUAUGCCUGACCCAACCCAGUUUGGUAUCCAUGGUGAUGUGAUAGAAGGGGAGAAAGUGGAGGCUGGGGAAUCCUCAGGAAGCAUAGAUCUGGCCAUGGCAGCCCCGGCUGACAAAGCAGAGGUUGACAUGAUGAUGGAGAUGCUGAAUCCACCGACCAAGAAGGAAGGAAAACAUGCACUGGAACCUGGCCUGGGUGAUGUUUCUGAGCUGAGUGGGGAGAGCACUGCCGAUCACAAGAAGAAAGCCGCUGUUAAGCCCACAGAGACCUCAGAGUCUGAACCAGAGAAAGCAGACACAGAAAAUCAAGAGAAAGAGGAUAAGCCAAAGGAGGAGGAGUCUAAGGAGCCAGUAGUAGAGGAGAAGCCCAAGCCCAGAUCAGGUCAACCUAAGGAACAGGCACCUGCCUUCAUGUCAAGUAUCUUUGCUGUUCUGGAGGUCUAUCUGAACAAGAUGCUGAAUUAUCUGGCCCGGAACUUCUAUAAUCUCCGUUUCUUGGCCCUGUUUGUGUGUUUCGCCAUAAACUUCAUUCUGCUCUUUUAUAAGGUCACCGGUGAGGCUGAGGAAGAAGAAGAUGAUGAUGACCCCUGGGGUAGCAGUGAGGAUGAGGAUGAUGAGGACACACUUUUUGACAUGGAUGAGUUUGUGCUUCAAGAGUCCACUGGCUACAUGGCACCAACCCUUCGCUUCCUGGCCAUAUUCCACACUGUCAUCUCCUUCCUCUGUUUGGUCGGGUAUUACUAUCUGAAGGUUCCUUUGGUGGUUUUCAAGAGAGAGAAAGAGAUUGCCAGGAAGCUUGAGUUUGAUGGUCUGUACAUCACUGAGCAGCCCUCUGAUGACGAUAUUAAGGGCCAGUGGGAUAGACUGGUUAUCAACACCCCAUCCUUCCCCAACAACUACUGGGACAAGUUUGUCAAGCGCAAGGUAAUCAACAAAUACGGUGACCUGUACGGGGCUGAACGCAUCGCUGAGCUCCUGGGCUUGGAUAAGAGCGCGCUGGACUUUGAUCCCACGGCGGAGACGGUGGAGAAGGAAGCCUCGCUGGUGUCCUGGCUGAGCUCCAUUGAUACCAAGUACCACAUCUGGAAGAUAGGAGUGGUUUUAACUGACAAUUCUUUCCUUUAUCUCAUCUGGUACACCACCAUGUCCAUUUUUGGGCACUUCAACAACUUCUUCUUCGCCGCCCAUCUGCUGGACAUCGCCAUGGGCUUCAAGACCCUCCGCACCAUCCUGUCGUCCGUCACUCACAACGGCAAGCAGCUGGUGCUGACUGUGGGUCUGCUGGCCGUGGUUGUCUAUCUCUACACCGUGGUGGCUUUCAACUUCUUCAGGAAGUUCUACAACAAGAGCGAGGAUGAAGACGAGCCAGAUAUGAAGUGUGAUGAUAUGAUGACAUGCUAUAUGUUCCACAUGUACGUGGGCGUGAGAGCCGGAGGAGGUAUUGGAGAUGAGUUGGAGGAUCCAGCCGGAGACCCGUACGAGCUCUACCGCAUCCUCUUCGACAUCACCUUCUUCUUCUUCGUCAUCGUCAUCCUCCUGGCCAUUAUUCAGGGUCUGAUCAUUGAUGCCUUUGGUGAACUGAGAGACCAGCAGGAGCAGGUGAAGGAGGACAUGGAGACCAAAUGCUUCAUCUGCGGCAUUGGGAAUGACUACUUUGAUCGAACGCCUCAUGGGUUUGAAACCCACACCUUGCAAGAGCACAACCUAGCUAACUACCUGUUCUUCCUGAUGUACCUGAUUAACAAGGAUGAGACUGAACACACGGGUCAGGAGUCAUACGUGUGGAAGAUGUAUCAAGAGAGAUGCUGGGACUUCUUCCCCGCCGGCGACUGCUUCCGUAAGCAAUAUGAGGACCAGUUGGGCUAGAGAGGGCAGAGCUGCCUCGUGCCCCUAACACCCUAUCUACCUUCCUGAGAGAGACAUUUCACUGACUUCACCCUCUGACAGAAUCGAAACACAAGCUGGAUUUUGCUCUACUGCUGCUGCCACGGUGUUCGACAGCAUCAAGUAAAAUCAUUCAUUUUGAAUUCAGCCACACAGAGAAUACAAAUUCAAGACUGAUGACUGAUGGUUGGACAUUGUGUGUGUGUGUGUGUGUGUGUGUGUGUGUGUGUGUGUGUGUGUGUAUGCGCGUGUGUGCAUCCAAAUCCUUUUCCUUGUUAACGAAAAUAGUCACUUGCCACGACACCUAUUUUAUGCAAAUGUUUUUUUGAUUCUACUACACAUUGCCUUUUCACUUGCUUAACCCCGACCUGUUGCACAAUUUGUUUUGUGUAGAAGUUUGAUACAUGUGGAGGGUUACAGCAUGACAAGUGAAUGUCUGAAUAUGCACAACGAUUAAUGCCAGAAUGUUACUGUAACUUAUUACCAAACAAAUCAAAUGGAUGUGUGUUGCUGGUAUUGAUCACUAAUGCUGAUCCAAUUACAUCAAAUGAAAUGAGUGAGACCUGAUCUGCCUUUCAUAGCUGGUUUCAAUCUGUUGGAUGAAAAGGAGAAUUGCUGAGGACGGUUCUUCCAGGACCAUAGAUGACUCACUUAGGUGUUUAUCAAGUGCCAACGUGCCUUAUGAAAAACUAUGCAAAACCAUUUUUUGUCCCUCCUGACACACUGUAGUGCUGUAGUUCUGGAUUAGUUACAAACAGAUUUAGCUCAAAUUAGUUUUGUGGCUUUUAAGUAUAAAAAAGAGAAUACAUUUGUUGUAUAAAAUCUAGAUGAUUAUUGUGUAAAUGUUGCUUAGAUUGGUUUUGUUUCCAAGCUGUGGUGUCCUGCCUGCCUGCACUUCUUUCCACAGUAGAGAAGAAACCCACAAGCUGAGA